CGACGCCGUCGUAUCACGCAUGACGCUCAAGCAACUCGCUCCACUCCCUUUUUCCGCCAGUUUCAGGCUGCUGCUCCCCUCUCUGAUUGAAUAGCGAUAGCCACCAGAUUCUUGGAGCCACAAAAUUCGAUUUCGCCGGCUUUCCGUUUUUUAUUUGAUCAAAAUCCGGCAUCAAUAUGAGUUCAUUCAGAGCGGCGGCUAAGUAUACCCCGCGUUUGAUCGAGAUCGCUCGUCAACAGCAAGGUCUGGCUUCACUCCCUCGCCACUCUCAACACAGACUUCUGUGCUCUGCGGCCCAGCAGCCGAACCAGGGUUCAGCCUUUGACCCAUUUCAUCAAACAUCAUCCAGUGGCCCAAUUUAUGCUAGAUUAUAUGGCGCCACAAAGCAUACAUCGAAAACUGAUGUUCUAAAUCUGUUGUCUGGGUGCAACUUGACGGUUGAUGAUAUCAAACAUGAUUACACUCUGAACUUUCUGCCAUUGCCAGUGCUCGUGAAAUUCCCUUCUAGACAAGCAUAUGAUGCUGGAACGAGAUCAGUUGUUAAGAAGGGUCGCUUCAGAUUAGAGCCGGAGAAUGGUUCUAGGUUUGAUACUAUUGCUCCCUAUGAUGGAAAAGCUAUUUUACUCCAAGGGAUCCCACGUAAUGCUCUAAUUGAUGAUGUAGAGCGUUUCCUCGCUGGUUGCACCUAUGAUUCAUCCUCCAUACAAAUGUUCUACAGGUUAUUUCUGAGAAGUUAUACUUUUGUUACAGGCCUAGAAGAGGGUGUUAAUCUGGCAGUUUCUUUUAUUGUAUACUUAUGUAAACACUAUGGUUUUCUUGCAGGUCAUCAUAUCAGAUGCCUGUAAGAAUGGCAGUUGUGCGUUUCCCCUCGCAGGCUCUAGCUAUGCAUGCCUUCAUUACCAAAAACCGAGCAUAUUGUCUGAAUAACCCGAUUUCAGUGCGCGUCCUUUAUUAGUAUCUCGAGCUAGAGUUUUGGUUUUCUUUGUACUUUGGUUGUCCAACUGUCGGGCGGGGGGUUAACAUGGAAUAACGGCACUUCGGUUGCUUGAAAUUUUAGCUCAAAUUUGUAUUCAUCUUCAUCAUGGUGAGAACUUAUUCCUGUCCCUUCUUUAUCCCGUAUCAUGAUAUAUGGAAUUCAGAAGUUACAUUAAUCCUGAAUGUAAUUUCCCAAAUUCGACCAGUGGCGGAGUGGCUGACUAUUGUUUGUGAAACUUAUGCUAAUUGUUAUCUCCUACCUUGUAGAGAUGUAAUUUCUCAUUUAUUGGAAACAAAUAACCACUUUCGAGUACUUAAAUGAUAUGAUAUAAAUUGAUUUUGCUUGAAUUCUGGUCUUCUUACUCGGAACUCCGUAAUGCUCUCCAUAACAGAGAAAAUGUAACUCCGUGAUCAAUUUGAUAAGCGUCUUUCAAUAUCGUAACAAGAAACAAAGCUAAUGCCACUUCUUGUGAUUGCUGCCCGACUUACUUUACAUUGUUUGAAGCUGUCUUUUGAACUCCAGUUUAAUUCCUAUGGAUGAUAAUCGGUCGCUUGAUAUAUGUCAAGCGAAUGAUCCAGGCCUCUUAUGUGGUCUACUACGCAAUCUAGCAUCGUCAUAAUCUCUGCAAAACUGGGACUGGUUCUGUCUUCUACCCGAAACUGGAAAAUCUCAUUCUUGAUCUCAAUCCAACUGCACCCAGGAUCUGUUUUCAGGCCAUUAUCUUUCAUCAACUUGCGCACCCUUGCCGCCUGAUCCCAGUAACCAACAUUGGCAUACAAGUUGGCUAGUUGCACGUGAGUAGCGGCACAAGACGGUUCCAAUUCAAGCCUAUUCUCAGCAGCUUCAAUGCCGACCCAAACAUUCCCAUGAAGCCUACACGACGAAAGCAAUGAACCCCAUAUGACGGCAUUAGGACUGAUGGGCAUUCUUCUGAUGAAAUCCCUGGCUUCUUCUAGCCUACCUGCUCGACCAAGGAGGUCUACAAUGCAUGCAUAGUGAUCUAGAUCCGGUUCCACACCAUACUUGACCAUUGCCUGGAAGUAACAUUGGCCUGUAUCGACAAAACCCGCAUGGCGACUAGAAGUCAUAAGGCCAAGGAAGGUAAUGGCAUCAGGCUUCAUUCCCUUCCUCUUCAUCUGUUCAAAAAGCUCCACAGCCUUGGUUGCCUGCCCAUGCAGAGCAUAACCAGCAAUCAUUGAGUUCCACGAAACCAAAUCUUUCUUACGUGUUUCCCUAAAUAUACAGAGAGCAUCAUUAACAUUCCCACAUUUAGAAUACAUAGAUAUAAGAGCAUUAGCAACAUGGACACAGUGAUGGAAACCCGCACGGACGGUAUGACCAUGAACAGUCCGUCCUUGCCCGAGGUACCCACUAUCCGUGCACGCGCUGAGAAAGCUCGAGAAGGUGAAUGCAUUUGGUACUAAGGUCGAAUUCCUCAUUCUACGGUAAAGCUGGAAACAGGUGUCAAGCUGACCAUCUUGUGCAAAGGCACUGAUAAUUGCAGUCCAAGUGAUCACAUUUCUCUCCGGCAUUUCUUCAAACACUUUACUCGCACUGCUGAGUUCUCCACAUUUGCUGUAAAAUGAGACCAAAGAACUGCCAACGUAAACGUUGUAAAAGAACCCAUAAUUCACAGCCAAACCAUGGAUUUGAAUUCCUAUUCUCACAUCUCUAUCAGACCCACAUAAACUCAGAGCAUUAGAUAGCAAACUGGAGCAGAUAGUCAACCCUUGUCGAUGAAGUCUAAACAGAGCUGAAAGAGAACUCUGGUUUGGAUCCGAUUGAGACUUAACACCAUCGCUGAUUUGAGGAUUUGGGAGUGGGAGAUGAUUGGUUUGUAGAAAGUCAUCAAUGAGGCGAAGAUGAGCCUUGCGGUGGUCGGAGUUAUUAAGCUUGGGAGCAACGAUAUCAAGGAUCCUCUGGCUUUUGACCAACGUAUUGGGUUUUCUGGGAUUUGCCUUUACAGAAUGUUGAGAUAGAACAGAGAACUGCUUGGAUGCUUGAGCAAAGUAGAAAGCUGGCGAGAAGUGGUAUAAGGAUUUUUGUGCGGCACGUUUAGAGAAGGUAUGACUCAUGAUCUAUAACCAAACCCAUCACUUUGGCCAAAUGACGUCUAGCCGCAGUUGUACUUUU